GCACAGCGUUUGUCGGAAGAAUUGCAUCGUAUACGCUCGUAGUCAUGAGAGGAAUCCAGAAGUGCGCCUUAUCGGCUUUUGCGCUGGCGGCUUUGUGUUGUGGCGUCUUCAGCAUCCCAGCUAAGUUGCACUUGAGCGGGGGAUCCACCGCUCACAGGCAGUCGAGAGGAGACUUCCACGCCACCUUCCGGGAAGCCAAUCUGCAACAGCUGGACCAGCUUAAACCUCCGGUGUUGGGCAGAACUGGAUUUGAACUACACCAAAAUGGAACCCAGCGGAAAGGACGCAAUUUCUUCCUUAGAGGAAGCACUGACUUUGGAGCCGCAGCGAAAUUUAACGGACUACAGAAGCCUUCUAGUGGUUUUUCACCCCCAAAGCAGAACUUAUUGCCCAACUCAGCAUCGCUGAAAUGUACCGACAUUCCUCCCGCUACCCCCAUUCGAGGGUACAGCUACACCACCCCGAAAAAGCCAUUCCUAUUCUACCAGACUCCUCCUUCAGGCCUCUACGGAACCCCCGACCACCCCACUACUACCCCUUCUUAUACCAUCACUACACCCUGCUCACCCCCAACUCCAACCACUGAGAGUACCGUCACCCGCUCGACUCCCCCUACCACUAAACCGACCCGCUCCACCGUUACCCCCACAACUCCUCCUACCACCCAUACAACUCCCCCUACCACAAAGCCGCCCCGCUCCACCGUUACCUCCACAACUCCCCCUACCACCCAUCACUCGACAACAAAGUCGAAUAACACGACGUUCGGCAUGCCUUACGUCUUCUCUUACGGCGUCAGCGAUAAAGACUCGGGCAACCACUACAACAGGCAUGAGACGCACGAUGGCAACAUGAUGGAAGGCCAGUACAAAGUUUUGCUUCCCGACGGCCGUACCCAGGUUGUGGCGUAUUUCGACAAAGGCCACGGCUACAAUGCUAAAGUCACCUACAUAUAAACUCCGUACUCAUUUGUAUCUUGAAAUAUGAAAAAAUCAUUUAAUAGGCUGGCGUGGAAAAUAAAAAAGGGAUUAAUUUCAUUGUUUGUUAAUCGAUUAGAGUUAAGUAUGUGCAUUAUUAUUGUUACGCCUUACAUCUCGGCUUCUGAUGAAAGUUUCACGAGAAUUAUCGAGCAAUCGAAAAGCUGUUUAACUAGUAGCAUGGUUACAGUAGUGAGUUAAGAAAUUAUGUAUGCAUUAAAUCAUGGUUUAUUAGAAUACUAUAUAGUAUAGAAUAGAUAAGUGUGAAAUAAUAACGAUGCUCAUUCGAUGUAAGAAGGCAUCACUAUUAAAUUUCGUUACUGUCGUGUGAGCACGGCUGUUAACUGUGCAUGUAGUACCAUAGAUUCGCCAAUUUCUUAACAAUAUAAAUCAAUGAAUU